AGCUGCUGGAUUUGGCAGGGCGCGGUUGCUGCUUUACGCACCCUUUACCUCCACGCAAACCCAAAUGCACGUGAUCACACGUCGAAUCACAGCCCCAUGUCGGUUACCCUUCAAACGGUUCCUGGUUCCUGGUCCCUGUGGUCUGCUUUCUGCUUUCCGUUUCUCUCUUUUCUGCUCACCCCAAGGUACCACCCACUGCCCAUCAUGAUCAUGAGGGCCACCACACGAUGGGCCACCUGGUGGCUCGGACUGGCCACUUAUUUAAAUACCUUGCUAUCCCGCGGCCUACUUCGAGCACCACCAGGCCCUCGAACAAGUCAGCCUUAUACGUAUUCGUCUCCUGAAGGCAGGCCCCCGCGACUCAGCAUUCGGAGCUCUGCGUUCAUCUCAUCAUCCCAGGUCUAUCGCUGAGUCGCCCAUCAUGCCCACCAAAGGAAUGGGCAACCGGCAACUGCCUACUCUGAAGCAGAACAUGAUAAAGCUUCGUCACCAAACGGACGAGACAAGCUCAACAGCCAAAGAAGCCUAAGCGUACCGCCGAGGACUACCGGGUUAUGGGACGAGAGCUCAGCACCAAAUCUCAGAAACCCAAGGAUGCCGAAGCCACGAAAGAGAAUUUCUGAGGCAUAUGGUGCAAGUGGUCCAAGUUCUGCGCUUUUCAGGGUAUGGACGACGUGUGAGGAGCUAUUCAACAAUGCGAUAAACUGACGACCAUGUUGUUCCUAUGCUUCAUCUGCGAGAAUUAUAAAGUUAAGGCGUUUAACUCUGUCCACCAGUAUCUGCUGCAGUUCAAACAACUCUAUAAUCGGGUUAAUGGGCAUCACAUGGAUACAAACGAUGCAAAAGAGGUGUUUAAGUAUCUAGAUACGACCUUGGCAGACGAAUUCAAACUCAGACGGACGAUGAAGGCCAAACCAGUGUUGGGAGCAGACGAUAUCUUUCUCCUCCUCACUCACCUCUGGGCUCGGGAUACUUCUAUCUUUCCGACUGAGGACCAAUGGUUAACGCUCGCAACUAUAAUGCUCCUGUCUAUCUAUACAGGCUGUCGACCUGCUGAGCUGGUUGACGCCUCAAAGGGUGCAGGCGGAAAGACUACCUCUCGCAAACGUCCACACACAGAAGUCUGGGAUGCCGAUAAUGACAUGGAUGAAGAUGGUUGUGUAGAUGAGGGAGACGGAUUAGAUGAGCCGAAUUAUCAAGGGCGAGAGCCAUGGGAAAAUAAAAACGAUACUGAAUAUGACGAUGAUUACUUUGACCCGGACACCGUGGAACGGGAAUAUAAGAGUUUGUGCUACGAGGAUAUCCGUCUCUGGAUUGUUCGGAACCCCACACAGGGAGAACGAGACCUCCUAGGAAUGGAGAUCACAUUCUCCCAUCACAAAGGUGCUGAUAGGAAACCGAAACCGUAUCUCCUUCCACUAUGCCUCUGCCUUGUCCCAACUAACUUCGACUGUAGCACGACUUUCCUCUUUCAUGAAGAAGCUCUUCCCAUACUCUGCCCUAUCAGCCAUGUCUUGGCUAUCGCAAUAAAGGAUGGUGCAAUUGAGGUUGAAGGCUCGUCGCACGCAGAGCCUUUGUUUACAAGUAAUCUGCAGCACCCUACGAAAGCCGUAUUGAUUCACUGGAAGCCAGAGAUGCUUAAAAUGCCUCUAUUUCGUCAGGCGGUGCGCUCGUGCGAUUUGUUCCGUACAUCGGAGUGGAAGGUUCUACGCUACUCGACCUUCGCUUACUACCUUGAUCGUCUAGGCUGGGCGACUGGUUUUGAGCAGAAGUUAACGAGCUACUGUUUUCGCAGAGGCACAGGAAACGCUGUUGACGGGGCUGCGACGACAGCAGUUCGCGACCAGAUUCUAAGACACAAUCCUCAGACUGGCGUCUUUUGCGGAUCAUACAACAAUGAGAAAGUCAGGUUUAUCGUUCAAGAUGCAGUGCUAGACCAGCCUACCAAUUCUGGCUUCCUCCGGGCCUUUACGCACAUGAGUCUCACUUGUGAUCCCCGGGCGCCUCAGACAGUGCCGGACGACGUUCGCGAUGACCUCCCGCCCAAUCCAGAGCUGGUGCAGCUGAAGCUUGAGCAGCAAGAGCUUCGCUUGGAGCUGAAGCGUUUGUAUGGACACGCAUUUGUUCAGGGUUCAAUUGGCACAGAAGCUGGUGAAGAAUAUCGUCAAUUAAAUCGACAGAUUGCCACAGUAACCAAGACGUUUGAGCGAGAGCUCAAGAGGGAGUACCGCUGAGACUACUUCUACCGUAUCCACAACGAAGAACUUGAGAAGAUCAUUAAGAAGGUCAAAGUCGUGACACCGACUUAUGUUGAGCCUGUCGUCAAGCACCAGCUGCCGGAACGGGCCCAGCUUCAAGAAAUCAUGUGCGACCUUUCUAAGGAUCUGAGUGCACGUGAUAUCGUCAUACGACGGAUUCAUGCCAUCGACACAAUGGUCGCACUAUCUCGUCGCCAAGAAGUCCAGUGUCAUAAGUCACGGCUGAGCAAAUCGUCCUCGGGGUCCCCUCUUGGAGGGUCUCCCGAGGUGAAGGAAGAAUCACCUGUUCCUGAAACAUUUCCUGUGAAGUGCAAGAACACUCAGUGCAUAUUCUGCAUUGGCGACGAUCGACAGAGUUACGACAGACGGAUGCGCACCUUCUCUAAACCUGACAAGAUGAUGGACCACGUUGAGCGGCAUUUGGAAAAGAAUACUACAGGGACGAUUGAAUGCAGGCAUCCAGUUUGCAAGGCCGAAGGGCUACUUCUUGGCAACAUUAUCCUUUUCAAGAAUCACGUGGAGAUGGUGCACAAGAUUAAACUUAGAGAAGAAAAAUAUA